UAAAAAUAACGGUAGACUAGAGAAGCAAAGCAAAGGCCGCCCUUGCAGUGCCGCCAAAGCAACCCUGCCCUAAAAAUUGAACAGGGCAGAGAGCGAGUGAACAUGGGAACCUCCGCGAACGCUGUCGCAGGUGGUCGUGGCGGCGCCCCUGUCCCCAAAGACGUCGACUACGCCAAUUACUUCUGCACCUACGCUUUCCUCUACCACCAGAAGGAGAUGCUCUCCGACCGCGUUCGCAUGGACGCUUAUUUCAACGCCAUUUUUGAAAACAAACGCCACUUCGCUGGCAAGACUGUUUUGGAUGUGGGGACUGGAAGUGGCAUUCUUGCUAUAUGGUCGGCACAGGCAGGUGCGAGGAAGGUGUAUGCAGUGGAAGCUACCAAGAUGUCGGAACACGCACGUGCACUCAUCAAAGCGAAUAAUCUCCAGGACGUAGUUGAGGUCAUCGAGGGAUCGAUGGAGGAAGUUACCUUGCCAGAGAGAGUUGAUGUGAUCAUCUCUGAAUGGAUGGGUUAUUUUCUUCUGCGUGAAUCUAUGUUUGAUUCAGUUAUACAUGCUCGUGAUUGCUGGCUCAAACCGACAGGAGUGAUGUAUCCUAGUCAUGCUCGCAUGUGGAUGGCACCUAUCCGGACUGGGAUAGUAGAUCACAAAUUGGGUGAUUAUGAGUCGACUAUGGAUGAUUGGCACAACUUUGUUGAUGAAACAAAAACCUACUAUGGUGUUGAUAUGGGCACUUUAACGAAACCUUUUUCAGAGGAGCAGAGGAAAUAUUAUCUACAGACAUCAUUGUGGAACAGCCUUCAUCCCCAUCAAGUCAUAGGAACUGCUGGUAUAAUAAAGGAAAUUGAUUGUUUAACUGCCACUGUGGCUGACAUAGAGAAAGUUAGAUCAAAUUUUUCUAUGUCAAUAACCGUGGAAAACACAAAGUUAUGUGGAUUUGGAGGGUGGUUUGAUGUACAUUUUCGGGGAAGAAGUGAGGAUCCAGCUGAACACGAGAUUGAGUUAACUACAGCUCCCAGUGUAGAUUAUGGUACACACUGGGGCCAACAGGUUUUCCUCUUGCAUCCUCCCAUGCGUCUGAAUGAAGGUGAUGAUUUAAGGGUUUCUUUUCUAAUGAGUCGCUCAAAGGAAAACCAUCGUUUGAUGGAGGUUGAACUUGGAUGUGAGAUUCAUCAGCAUUCUGGCAAGAUACUUGCACCUUUCAAAAAUAAGUACUACAUUGAGUAGCAAUCUGGAUUUCAAAUUCUGGGGACUGCAAGAUACAAGGAACGGCUCAUAUUUUGUAAUCAUAUAGAAUUGUAUGGUUCUUAAUUAUGUAGUAAGAGGAAAAAAAGUAGUUGCCGCCAUUUGCAACAUACCGGUUUCCAAUCAUUUGGUUGUUAAUGACUUGCCACUCAAGUACGUUUAGCAUGCCUCAGUGGUGAUGAUUGGAUAACCCUCGUCGUGCUGGUUGUGUUUACCUGUGUUUUAAGGGAAGCAUGUGGCCCUUUUAGUUUUAUAAUAUUUUCUGCUGAAGUUUGUAUUAGUUGGUUAAUUAUAUAGGAUUCCUGAUAUUUUUUCUGUUUUGGCGUUCCAUCUUACAACAAACUUUUCUUUUUCAAUUGGCGUUUAUAAUUAUACGACGAGACAAUAGUGAUGUUGUGA